AAAACAAAGAAAACCUUCGCCACAGUUGCAUCGUCUCCCUCAAAAGAGUCCUAAACCCACACCCCUUAAAACCUCUCUUCAGCCGUAGAGGAAAAUUGAAAGAAAUAGAAGAAAGAAAGGAUCCCAAGAAGAAAGAAAGAGACUUCCUUGUUUGUUUGGUUAAUCUGCUGAAUUUUCUGUACCAGCCAUAGUGACAGAGAGAAAACGAUGGAAUCCCGAUUGGACGGUAGUGAAGACACCAUAGCCAGAAUCAAAGACGUCCAUCAACAACUCCGAGCUCGCAUGGAGUCACAGCACCAGACCCAGCUAGACCUUCUGGCUUCUCUUCAAUCCCUAGUCCCUAACAUCGUGUCCUCCGUGGAUCUCUCUCUCAAGGUCGUCUCCUCCUUCAACCACCGCCCCUUCACUCCCACCCCCACACCCACGCUCCCAAACCCCAACCCUAGCCUAGUCAAACCCACUAACAAACCAACGUUCCCAUCCAUAACCCAGAACCUAGCUCCCGUUCCGGCACGCCAACCAGAGAGCGAACCCAGUGGUGUUGACGAGAGCGGGAGUCCCCUCUCGGUGGUGCGGUCGAUGGUGGCCGUGUGUUUGUUGGGUCGGGUCCCCUUCGCGCCAAUCGAUUCUUCGACUGUGUUGAGGAAGCUGGAGAACGACCAAACGGCGACGCCUGGCGAAAGAGCGGCAUUGAGAGAGUUGGGUGGGGAGUCCGGAGCGAUACUGGCGGUGGAGAUGGCGUUGAGGUCGAUCGGUGAGGAUAAUGGUGGGGUUGAAUUGGAGGCCUUUGAAGUGAGUGGGAAAUCCAGGGUCAUGGUCUUGGGGAUUGACCGAACUCGGCUUCUAAGGGAAUUGCCCGAGAGCAAGCACUCGAUUUUGGGUAGCGACGGGAAUGCGAAUCAGUAUCAGAGUCAACAGCAGCCAUUGCUAGAUGUGAACGGUGGGGUUGGACUUUUUGGAAUGGGAGGAGGUGGACCUGCUCAGAGGCCAAUGCCGGAUAUGUGGAUGGGACCCGGCGAGCCACUUAUGCCGGGAUUGCCACCCCUGGGUCCGAGGGGUGCGAGAGGAGUUAUGGGAAUGGUUGGAAUGGGCAGAGGGGUAGGUGUUCAUCCCAUGCAUAGGCCAAUUGGUGUGAUGCAGAAGCUUAGGACUGAAGAAGAUGAUAUGAAGGAUCUCGAAGCAUUGUUGAAAAAGAAAUCUUUUAUGGAGAUGCAGAAAUCAAAGACUGGUGAGGAGCUUCUGGACCUCAUUCACCGGCCUACUGCAAGGGAAACUGCUGUCGCUGAAAAGUUCAAAACCAUAGGUGGGCCGAACCUGAAGGAGUACUGUUCUUCCCUUACAAAAGAGGAUUGCCGGCGUCAAUCUGGUUCCUUUAUGGCAUGCGAGAAGGUUCAUUUUCGGCGAAUUAUUGCUCCACAUACUGACAUUGAUUUAGGAGACUGUUCUUUUCUAGAUACUUGCCGGCACAUGAAGACAUGCAAGUAUGUUCAUUAUGAGAUAGACCAAAUGCCAGACAUGCUUCCUCCUCCCAAACCACUAAAGCGUGCUGAAUAUUGUUCAGAAGUAGAACUUGGUGAACCACAAUGGAUUAACUGUGAUAUCCGCUCAUUUAGAAUGGACAUUUUAGGGCAAUUUGGAGUUAUAAUGGCAGAUCCACCAUGGGACAUUCAUAUGGAGUUGCCUUAUGGGACUAUGGCUGAUGACGAAAUGCGCAAUCUCAAUGUUCCUGCAUUGCAGACUGACGGUCUAAUUUUUCUAUGGGUCACUGGUCGUGCAAUGGAGCUUGGACGUGAAUGUUUAGAACUUUGGGGGUACAAGCGUGUUGAGGAGAUCAUUUGGGUGAAGACCAAUCAACUUCAGCGAAUAAUCAGAACUGGGCGGACAGGCCAUUGGCUCAAUCACAGUAAGGAGCAUUGCCUUGUUGGAAUAAAGGGCAAUCCAGAAGUAAACAGGAACAUCGAUACUGAUGUCAUCGUUGCUGAGGUUCGAGAGACAAGCCGUAAGCCAGAUGAGAUGUACCCUAUGCUGGAGAGAAUAAGUCCAAGGACAAGAAAGCUCGAAUUGUUUGCCCGCAUGCACAACACUCAUGCAGGGUGGAUGUCACUCGGUAAUCAAUUGAAUGGAGUAAGAUUAGUUGACGAAGGUCUGCGAGCAAGGUUCAAGGCUGCUUACCCAGAUGUGGAGGUGCAACCCAGUUCCCCUCCUAGAGCUUCUGCCAUGGAAGUAGACUCCGGUCCUGGAGCUCAAAUGAGGAGUCCCUUUCCAGCAAAUGCAUCUAAGUCCUCAGCCAUGCUAUUUACAGAGUCUGCAGCUCAAUAACCACUACAUGCUGCUUCUGAAGAGAAGCCAAUGACCGUAGCUGGUGACAUGGUCAGGUGAGUAACAGUCAGUAACUUUCUGUGUGCGUGUAUGGUUAGCUCUAAGAGAUUUUGAGGAAUGCACCCUUGUCCACCUGAUAGUUUAAAAUGUUACGUGCUCUGGGUGUAUGGUCCUUAGCAAUUUUUUUUCUUGUUGUGAUCCUUAGCAUUUUUGUUUAAGGGUUUGUUCCUAUUUAUUGUUCUAGAAGAACGCA